CCAAAGAAGAAGAACGGAUGAGUCGACUAGGGCAGAGGUAUAAAAUAACGGUGCCGACCCGGAACUGAGUUGUUGCUUUUUAUUCGACGGAUUGAUUCAAUACAAAUAAAAACGAAUUCGUUGCAGAAUUACCACGUUUGACACGAAUAGAGGAGAAGAUAACACCCGAAAGGCGCAUCUUUAGAUGUUUCUUGUCAAGGCAGGUUUACGGACAGCUAUAUUACUUGGAGGGUGCCCUAGUGACAUUAGCUAGCUAGGCUAUGUAACUGUUAGAGUGACGCCGACUGAUUGUAUGUUACUGUUAACGUUUAAUGUUUUUGUUUUGUGUAUUCGUCCACGAUUUGCGUUUACUGGGCGUUUUGAGCGAGUUUCUCUGGAUGUGGGCUAUACCAACGAGGUUUUCCCCCAGGAUCAUCUUGCCAAAACAGGCCAGAGUUGCUACUUUUUUUCAACAUUUCUUUGCGGCACUCUGUAGCUAGUAAGAUUCUAAACGCCCUCGGACCUCUGUACGUUGACAUCCUGCCUCCGCAAAUCCCCCCUGACGAGUGUGAGUUUGCAUCCGUGUGUCAUCACAGCACUGUUAUGCUGCUGUCUCACUCCGACCUAUGGAAAGUGUGUUUGGAGAACAUCUACAGACCCUGCACGGUGGUCCUCGCCACCAUCACAGCUGCCCUGUACUACCUCUGGGGCCGUGAGGGCCAGACACCGGUCCUGGUGUGUAGCGAUGCAUUCCGUGUGUUCCUACAGAGGCACUGUCCCGUGGUGGCUGAGCCCUUCAGCCCUACUCCCUGGUGCUGGGGCGGCCGGCUGCAGACACUGGUCAGAGUGCUCAUCAAGUCCAGCCCCCAGGUCGACUACAGGAAUGAGUUGAUCAGGACAGCUGACGGAGGUCAGAUCUCUCUGGACUGGGUAGAUAACGGGGACAGCGCUGCCUACCCAGAAUGCUACUCUCGUCCCACAGUGCUCAUCCUGCCGGGCCUCACAGGGAACAGUCGUCAGACCUACGUCCUCCACGCCGUCAGCCAAGCCACUCGCCGCGGAUACAGAUGUGUGGUCUUCAACAAUAGAGGGUUUGGAGGAGAAGAACUACUGACCCCAGUGACCUUCUGUGCGGCAGACACCUCGGACCUGGAGCGGGUGGUUCUCCAUGUCAGGGAACUCUUCCCACAAGCCCCUCUGCUGGGCACUGGCGUGUCUCUGGGAGGCAUGCUCUUGUUGAACUACCUGGCUCGUAAGGGUAGUGAGGCAGGGCUUGUUGCCGGCCUCACAAUGUCUGUCAGCUGGGACACGCUGGAGUCCUGUGCCUCGCUGGAACAACCAAUCAACCGCCUGAUCUUCAACCGACACCUCGCCAGCAACCUGUGCCAAGCCAUUAACAGACACAGGAAGAUGUUGGAGACUGUGGUGGAUGUGGACCAUGUACUAAAGGCACGUACUAUCCGGGAGUUUGACGAGCGCUACACGUCGGUCAUGUUUGGCUAUAAGUCCUGUCUGGACUACUACCAAGAGGCCAGCCCAAACUACAAGCUUCCCAGGACGACAGUGCCCAUUCUCUGCCUCAAUGCGGCCGAUGACCCCUUCUCCCCCAAACAUGCUCUCCCGGUGGCCCUAGCCAAGCGCCUGCCUAACGUAGCGCUGUUGGUGACGUCCCACGGUGGACAUAUAGGCUACCUGGAGGGCCUUUACCCGCGUGGGGAGGGCUACAUGGACCGCCUGUUCGGACAGUUCAUUCAGGCAGCCUUCGAUCACCCUGGGGACCUGAAAGGGGCCUGCAGCAUCAAGGAAGAGCUUCUGGAUUGACCUCAGACACCCUGGUCAUGUGAUUAGGUCCUGAUUGUUCUGGGACUGACCGAUUAACCUCACCGGCACAACCACCCUCUCUUCUUUUUCAUCUCAGGUGCUUAUCCGUCGACCAAUCAGACAGAGCUUAAUGCAAUAGACACUCUGACAUCAUGUAGGUAGGGACUUACAGACUGAUGCCUUAUAUUACUACACACAGAAUGAGGAUAUCUGGUCUUAAAACCAGUAACACUUCAUAAGUUUAGUGUUUCAAAUUACUUACUGUUGAAAUUAAUCUGGCACACAAGCCGUCACCCUACUCUCCGAGGGUGUCUCAGGGUGAGUGGGCUAUGCAAAAUGACACAUCCAUUUCACCACACACUGUACAGGUUACACACUUGUACAUGUGUGAAACAAGACAAAUAUAAGCACCCCCUAUUUGACUUUUUGAAUUUCACCCUUACUAUUUCCUAUGUCAUAAUAAAUCACAUUGGCUCAGACGAUGUAAACAAGGACAUGAAUAGAUCAAUCACAUUCAGUCUUCAAAAAGACAAGAAAGGGAAACGAUCAUUUAAAAUAUUUCCCCUUGAACUGAUGUUUAAUUAUGACUAAAGCAACUGAUUAUGUUUGAAGAAUAUACUUAGCUUAUCGCACAACACACAAAUACUGGAAAAACUUGAAUGGAAAGUUAAUCUUUUAAUCUUGUUUUUAAGCUACUUGGGUUUUAUUCUCAUAUAUAUGGUUAUGUGAUUGUAAUAGUGGUUAGAUACACAAGAAAAUACAUGGAAAUGUCUUUGUAUAACGUACUGCAGUUAAUAAUUCUUUAUGAUGUUGGUCAAGUAAAUUUCAAUGUAGGAGAUAAUUGAAAUUCCAGUUAAGUUGAAGUGCAAUUUAUUUUCAAUUAGGAUUUUUUUCAUUGAAUUGGAAUUUUGAUUCACAUCCAGAUUUGUCUGAACUGAAAUUGAAUUUUGACCUCAUCUGAUUCCACCACAAAGAGAACAGAUAAAAUAUUUUGAACAUGAAGGAAUGUUGUUAUAAUAUAUACACGGUAUGUAUUACGUAUCUGUGUAAAGGCUAUAUCGGAGAAUGUAUAAAAUGCAAGCUGUCUAAGACUUGCCUUAGCGUUGGUCGUAUCUCAGCCCGGACAGUGUGUUUGACAAAGUCAUAUUUUUAUCAUCAAAAGUGUUGUAGAUUGUUUUUGACUUUGUUGCAACAUCCAAACCCAAGUUGUGAAAUCUAUGAUGAAGUUUUUCACAAUUCCAUUUCAAAACAAUCUGGGGUUUCCCACACAUUCCACAACAUAGCUUAGUCCUGUAUACAUUUAUGUGCAUGAUAUGACCCAGAACAUCUAUAUCUUUAUUUGUCUAUAAAGUAGUGUACACAUUAGGCUAGACAUGCUAAAGUAAAGGAGAGCAAAUUGCUAUCAGAAAUGUCUGCUGGCUGUCCUCUCUUGGUUUACAAAUACAAGUGUAAAACCCCUGAUUGUUUAAUUUGGACCAGUACCGCUAUGCUAUUUUAAAUCCAGCCUAUGUUUGAUAAUUAUUGUGAUUUUUGGUUGUUUAUUUGAUUUGCAGUAUUUUUUUCAAUGGAGGAUGCAAACGCAAAGCUCUGAGAUGCCGUGUAAGCUCUGACCUUUCCCAAGGACUAAACUAUUUAUUUCAGUGUGGGUACCAGGGUUUGUGACAACUCAGUGGUUUAAACCUAGGGAAAGCUCACAUUUGACUUUAUUUCUUAGUUUUGGACGAUUGUCUCCCGCUUUGACUUGUUUGAAAUUUGCACACAAUUGUAAAAGUUUGAGUAAAUCUGUUUUAUGAUUAUGGACUAUGUUAUACAGAAUGUCUUGUGGUUAUGUAACAGUUAUCGGUAAUAUUGCACAAUGCGUGUCAUGACAAUGGAUAAACUAUGUCUGUUUGUCUAUCUUGCACUGAGUCACUGACUAAAGCAGUUACGGUUAAACAGGAAGAUGAUGUGAUGUUGUUUUUAUGAUGCUGCCAUGACGAUCACCAGCAGUACCCGCCUCUCCCAUCACCACCCUAUUAACUCUUAUACAUACUUGUGUUAUUACUCAGUAAUAACAUCCGCUGGCAUAAGACUGCCUGGACCUUGGGAGGAAGGCCCAACAUACACUGACUGACCACUAUACCUGCUGCACUGCAACGAUAAUGUGAUGGCAAUAAUAAUCUAUUGUAACUUUUUUGUGACCUUCCAUUGUCCUUUUCUGUUGUUACCGUUCCACUAAUUUAAAUAUUUGAUCUGUAUUCCCUAAUAAAAACACAAACAGUU